AUGACGCUCGAGACGGACGCGCAGCUGUACGUACCGCUGAAGGUACGGCGCCAGCGCGAGCACGAGCGGCUGCAACAACGUCGUACGGUCCUCCAUCAGCGUCUGCAGCACGAACGCAGUGACUCAGAGAGCGCAAGCGACUCGGACGAGCUGCAGCCCAAGAAACAAAAGACCACAUUGCUGUCGACACUGACAACGUCGACCUCAAGCGAGUCAAAGGCAGCCGAAGCGCUGUCUCCUAUUUCGAUAAUCGAAUAUAGGCAGCAUCAGCACCAACAAGAACGAUCGAGCGUGAGUCUGCUGGAUCAGGCGUAUGAGAUGCGUAAGCGCAUGGAGGAGCAGGGCGUGAACCAGCAAAAGGUCCAGCAGGACGCCGAGGAGGUUCAUAUGCUCAAGGAAGCGAGUUACGUGCAGAAAGCAGCGCUCGUGUCGGCUCAUGAGCGGGCCGAGGGGAUCCACUACAACGAGACGAUGCACACGACGUGGCAACCGCCACGAUGUGUGCGGGACAUGACCCAAGACGAGUGUGACGCGGUGCGGAAUAAGUGGCACAUCCUGGUUCAAGGCGAAAACGUGCCACCGCCCAUCAAGUCUUUCGAGUACAUGCGGUUUCCGCGUGCAAUCCUUGACGCGCUCAAGGCCAAAAAGAUCCUGCGGCCGACGCCAAUUCAAGUGCAAGCUAUGCCGUGCAUUCUCGCAGGACGCGACAUGAUUGGUAUUGCGUUCACUGGUUCUGGGAAAACUGUGACGUUCACGCUGCCGUUGGUGAUGCUGGCGCUCGAAGAGGAGACGAAAAUGCCGAUUGUUGGUCGUGAAGGUCCGUUCGGACUGAUUGUAGGCCCAUCCCGCGAACUCAUGAGGCAGACGUUUGAUGUGGUAAAGCACUUUACAGCCCACUUGUUCAAGGCAGGAUACCCCGAGCUUCGCAGUCUACUCUGCAUUGGCGGAGAAGACAAGCGACAGCAAUCAGACUUGAUUGCCAGUCGUGGCGUGCAUAUUGUGGUAGCUACUCCAGGUCGAUUGAACCACUUUUUGAAGCUGGGCGAGAUGAAUUUGCGCUUGUGCAAAUACAUUUGCUUGGACGAAGGUGAUCGCAUGCUGGACCUGGGGUUUGACGAGGAGGUUGCUACGACUUUUAACCACUUCACAAGUCAAAGGCAAACGUUGCUCUUCUCUGCUACGAUGCCGCAAAAGUUCCAGGAUUUUGCCAAAGAUGUGCUGGUCAAACCUAUUGUAGUCAACGUCGGUCGUGCCGGUGCCGCAAAUUUGGAUGUGAUCCAGGAAGUUGAGUACGUGAAGCAAGACGCCAAGAUCGUCUACUUGCUCGAGUGCUUGCAAAAAACCAGCCCUCCGGUCGUUAUUUUCUGUGAACGCAAAGGCGACGUUGACGACAUCUACGAGUAUCUCAUCUUGAAAGGCGUCGAAGCGGCCUCGAUUCACGGUGGCAAGGAUCAGGAAGAGCGGAAUGAAGCCAUUGAUCUGUUCAAGAGUGGGCAAAAGGACGUGUUGGUUGCCACGGACGUCGCCGCGAAGGGUCUUGACUUUCCAGACAUCAAGCACGUUAUCAACUUCGAUAUGCCAGCCGAAAUCGAAAACUACGUGCAUCGAAUUGGUCGUACAGGUCGCUGUGGUAAGACCGGAGUCGCUACGACGUUCAUUAACAAAAGUGUACCGGAGAGUGCGCUUCUCGAUCUCAAGCAUCUACUCGUCGAGGCGAAGCAGACGGUGCCACCAGUACUCAUGGCGUUGGAGGAUCCGUACGAGGAGCUGGAGCGCAGGGGCGAUGGACUGUCGAAUGCCACUGGCACCAAAGGCUGUGCAUUCUGCGGUGGUCUGGGUCACCGUAUCACCGACUGUCCGAAAGUGGAUUCGCAGGUGCGGAAAAUUGGUGCGGGCAAGCGUGACUUUGUGGCUGGUAAAAGCGAAGGUUACGGUGGCGAUUCGCUUGGGUGA